AUGUGCGAGAAUGCCAAGCACGUGUUGAAUUUAAAUUUAACGGUACAAGAAAUGCAAACUGCUAGUAAUUCAACAGAACAACAGCCACUACAAGGACCAGGAAGAAAAUUAAGGUUCCCAAACGCAUCGAAGGAUAACAUCAUAUUCAAGAGAAAGAAAGAAAGAGUACACGAUUGGGUUCACGAUCACCAAGAAGUUACAUUUUCAGGAUGCAGUACAACUUUAUGGAUUGUACAUUUAUCAAAAAAAGUACAAGAAAUGCAAACUGCUGGUAAUUCAACAGAACAACAGCCACUACAAAGACCAGGAAGAAAAUUAAGGUUCCCAAACGCAUCGAAGGAUAACAUCAUAUUCAAGAGAGAAAAAGAAAGAGUACACGAUUGGGUUCAUGAUCACCAAGAAGUUACAUUUUCAGGAUGCAGUACAACUUUAUGGAUUGUACAUUUAUCAAAAAAAGUACAAGAAAUGCAAACUGCUGGUAAUUCAACAGAACAACAGCCACUACAAAGACCAGGAAGAAAAUUAAGGUUCCCAAACGCAUCGAAGGAUAACAUCAUAUUCAAGAGAGAAAAAGAAAGAGUACACGAUUGGGUUCAUGAUCACCAAGAAGUUACAUUUUCAGGAUGCAGUACAACUUUAUGGAUUGUACAUUUAUCAAAAAAAGUACAACAAUAA